AACUAACCUCAAAAUAAAAUAUCAACAUGAAUAAAUAAUCAAAUUGUUUAUAUACCGUUAGCAAAAAACAUCGAUGGUGAAAAUGUUGUAAAUAACUAGAUAUCAGAUGAAAAAUGGUUAAAUAUGAUUCAUGAUUUGAAGAAUACAUUACUUUCAUUAAAGUAGUUAUAGUUUACAUUGAAUCGUGAAGUUUACCUAUUAAAAAGCCGGAGAUAUAUCUAAAAAAUUAAUAAAAUUUAAUUGCAUGAUUUAUUGAACAAUCAAUAACAAAGAGUGCGUUUAUUAUUUUUUAAUUGCACAGUGUAUAUUACUAAUUGUCUAAGAUGAGAGCAAUAAAAUCGAGGACCCGAUAGAACAGACUGUGAAUAAAAUUCUCAAAAAUUGACUUCGCUGAGUAAAUUAUCAAUUUUAGCGUUUGAUGUGAAUUACUUCUCAGUGAACUCGAAAGUAUUCCACGAAAUAUAAACAAUGGAUUCUGGAACAUCCGAAAGCGAAAUCAUUGAAGAGUACGUCAUAGAAUAUUACGAAACAACCGAUGGGCAAGGGAAAAGCCCAAAAAGCAACGGAGACAAUAAUCCUAAAGAAUCUAAUGCAGAAAAAUCUGCAACUUCAGAAAUGGAAAAAAGACCUCAGAUUUACACCUGUUACGUCAAAGAAGAACCCAGAACAAUCGAGGAAGAUGUCCCAAGUACUUCUCAUGAUGAGAUUCCUGCCAGCAGAAGUACACACGAAUCAAUUGUUGAUGAGCCAAUUUCUUCCAAUUCAAUGUCACCCAUGCCAGUAAUGCCCGAGACAUAUAUUCCCGAAACUAUUGUACCAGAUUUUAUUUCUUCAGAGACAAAUAUUACUUUAGAACCUCGAAAAAGAGGCAGGCCAAAGAAAAAGCCAAUAUCGGUUUUAACGCCAAUGGAAAUUUCAAAUAAUCACGAUGCAAGAAGCGUUGGGGAAACUUUGGAAUCUAUGAGUGAACAUUUAUACGCUGGUUUUCUUGGGCGAACGAGAAGAACUACUCGGCAGAAUCUGGAGGAAGCGGAUGGAAAGGGAUCGAGUGAAGAGAGCGAACCGGAAGAUGAUGAUGAUUAUUCUACGAGAAGAGGAAGGCCGUUUGGUAGUGUGAAAAAUCGAGGAAGAGGAAGAGGAAGGUCACGAGCUAGAGGAACGGGAUCAGGAAGAGGAAGGGGAAGGAGAAGCAAAAGUAAAAAAGAAGUUAAUGAUAGUCUGAUUGCUGUAGAUAUUGAAGAACCUGAAUUGGAAGAGGAGACACAUCAAUUUUCAGGGGCUGAACCUUCUGCUAAUUUCAGCCCUAAAGUUUGUUCCAACGUUCGAUGCGCAAAAUGCCAAGAAGAAUUUCCAAAGAGGGAAUGGAGUAGACACAAUUUGUUGAGGCACAAUGAUACCGCAUGGCUUGAGGGUCAACCGCCUGUGGAUUACGAUGCUGAUGAGAAAUUGCUAAAGAAGAUAUUGAUGAUCGCGAUAAAAAAGAGGAAGGGUCAACUUUCUUGUGAACAGUGUGGAACAAUAAAACGCAGUGUCGUAGGUUUUUUGUCUCAUACCCGAUUUUGCGGCAAAACAGAAUCAGAAAGGCAAGACUUGAUGGUCCAAUGCCCGAGGUGUAUGUCGAGUGUAAAACCGACUUCGAUGUACACUCACGAACGCAACUGCCAAAGAGAAAAAGUGCCUCCAAGUCUUGGUACAUUUUACGAAUCGGAAGAAAAUCCAGAGCUCAACACAAGCCAAGGCAAAUCCAAACGCAGAGCCGCAGAAAAGGCGGUUUCGAAAAUUUCUGAAUUUACAACUGCAGUUAGAGCCAAUGCGGAAGAAGUUACACCACAUACCGUUAAAUACUUCAUUCAGAAACCGGCUCUAGAGAGAAAAGUUAGAGGAACUUUAAGAAAUGCUUUUUACAAUGACUUAGAUCUUUCGGGAAAAGCCGAUUGUCGACAACCAGGAUGCCAAUUUUCCGGAACAACGCUGGAAAGUAUUUGUGAACAUUAUGCCAAAUGCAACUUUGAAGUUCAAGAAAAUUAUAUCUGCAGAAUAUGCAAUUUCCAUUCGUUGAUACACAAGGAAAUUAUGGAUCACGUAUUAGAAAAACAUUCGAAGGCAGAUGCGUCGGAUAAUUACGCUGAACCUGAUCCUGAUCAUCACAUGAAGAGUGAAGAUAGUUCGGAGGGAAGUGAUCCAGAACCUGAGAAUCCCGAGAAUAUCAGAAGGAGAAUUGCCUCUAAACUUCGAUUUAUACCGGAAGCCUCUGAAGAUAGAUUACGAGCCUACAAAGCAGAAUUCUUGGACAUGGAGCCGCUGCAGAAUGCGAAGAAAAAUGUACCUUAUACUGCAGCCUAUCGAUGGACUCUUAACUUUGAACUAGAAAAUUAUCAAUUGGAAUUGUUUAAAGAUUUAUUGCCAAACGACUUCAUUCCACUGAACAAAGAAGAAGGCGAGACCUUUUUGCCCGAACUUCGGCGAUCAAUGGCAAUGCAAAAGAACAUUUCUGAUACUUCAGAGUUUGGUAAUUCAGAAACACGCACGGAAUGGAGUUAUUGGCAGAAAUUUGAAGGAAGAUUGGAGGAAGGAGUCCCAACAUUUUUUGUUGGUGGACCAGUAUGGGCUCUUGCUUGGUUACCGAUACCAAUUCCGAUGUAUUCUCAUCAGCCAAUCCAGUAUUUAGCAGUGAGCACUCAUCCUACUAUGGAGAGUGAAUACUCAGUCGGCCAAGCCUACUCUGGAAAAAAUGUGCUACAGAUCUGGAAUUUGGGAAGCUUACACCAACAAACGAGUGUGCUUUUUGUCCCGGAACUUUCAUACGCUGUUGCUCAUAAUGGAGGUACUGUUUGGUGUAUGGAAUGGUGUCCUUCAGGAUGUUACCAAGAUCAGAGAAUUGUCAAAUUUGAAAAAGAGCCAAAUAAAGCAAAAAGAAUGGGUUUAUUGGCUGCUGCUUGUUCUGAUGGAUUUGUACAUAUUUAUUCGCUUCCAUUCCCAGAAGAACUGACGAUUUCGCCAAAGGAGAAAAAUCAACUUCCAGUUUAUAAAGCAAAUCCUGUACAGUUACUUGUUGUAAAUAUUGCUUUGACUGAAAGGGAAAAGCAAACUUGGCAGUGUACGAAAUUAAGCUGGACGAAGGAAAAUGGACACAAUAUACUAGCUGCCGGGUUUUCGAACGGAUAUAUCGCUCUUUGGAAUCUUACAACGCAGUCUUCGCUUUUAAAGAAGAAACAAGGAAGUACAACUCUCCUCAACUCAUUUCGCCAUUUCUACGCGCAUCAUCAUUCCGUUUCCAUGAUAUCGAUGAUUCCUUAUGGAGAAAAAAGAUUUUUGGCGUCUGCAGGGAUUGAUAGAUGCUACAAAGUUUGGGAUUUGGAACAACCAAAUUGUGUGGAAUGUGUGACGACUAGGGGAUUGGCAGUUGAUGGUGCUUGGAUGAAUAACUGGCCCUGUGCUGUCCUCAGUUAUGAUGACGCAUUAGGAUUGAGUCACACGAAUUCACAACUUAUUCCAUUGAGGGAACACUCCUACAAAUAUUUUCCUAUUUUAGCCACAAAUUCUGCAACAUACGCAAUUAGCGUGAGCGAUCAUGCAAAUGCGAUCGCGCAAGGAAAUCAGGCGGGAGAAAUUGUUACAAUUUUCCCGCAUCAAGUUCUGUACAAGGAUAUAGAAAACUAUCUAAACAAAAAGCGAUGGCUGUGUUCCUACGUCCAAGUAACUGAUUUUAAAUCCUCUGAAAAUGUUGAGGAUGAUUCAAGCAAAAUAGAGAAGAAGGAAUAUCGUUAUAAACCAGCGACUUACUCAGAGUGCUCGGAACGAUUCGGAAUUUCCUUUUCUGACGAUUUUAAAACCUUUAGAACCUGCAAAGCGAAGCAGUUAAAAGAAAAAGUUAUGCCUACAGAUCAACUUGAAACUGUUUCAGUUGAACAGUAUCCAUUCGCAUCAGUCAAUCGCAUCUCGUGGAAUCCAAAUGCAUGGAGUUAUUUGUGGUUCGCAGCAGGAUAUCAAAAUGGAUUUAUAAGAAUCCUUAAUUUCAAUUCCACAGUAAAUACAGAUCUGCUGAAGAAAUGUUUGCCUCGAUUUUCGAAUCAAAUGCGUGAUAAACAUAAGAAAUUGAACGAGAAUAAUAGACCCGAAGGAAAUAAUGAGAAUGGCGAAGGGAGUGAAGAAGUCCUUAGAGUGCACCAAAAUUGAAGCUUCUCCAGUGGCCAGUUUAACCAUCCGGUGGUGAUACAAAAGUAAGUCUCGUGUGGUGCCACAUGAUGAACUCGAUGAUGUCUUCUGGGCAAGAUGACUCGAUGUUCCUGCAGCCAAACGACCCAUCCGGGAAGUCCGAAAUAAGUGUGGGA